AUGGGAGAGGAAGAACCUUAUGUUGAAUUCUAUGAAAAAAUUAUUGGGAUAUGGAGCCUUGCAAACCUAUAUGAGUCAGAGUUGCGUCCUGUAAAGAAGGCCAACAAGAAUUUAGCAUUGAAAGUUAUAAAAGAAGAAGAUGAUGAUUGUAAUGAGAUUGAUCUGAAGCAACUUGCCUUAAUCACUCAUCAUUUUCAAAAGCUACUGAAGAAGAAAAAUUCUAAAGGAAGUGCUUCAGGUACAAGAUCUUCUAUAAACAAGACAAAUUCUAAAGGAAGUGCUUCAGGUACAAGAUCUUCUAUAAACAAGACGUCAAAAGAUGGGUCUCAAAGAUUCAUUCCCAAGUCUGAAGAAAGGAAGUGUUAUGCAUGCUCAGGUAUGGACAUGAACCCAAAGAGUGUGCAAACACUAUCUAAACAAAAAGAGGAGAAGAAAGCCCUGAAAGCCUCUUAUAAUUCUUGGAGUGAGAGUGAGUUAGAUAUGUCCAAGGUUAAGGAGGAAGAGAUUGCUUUUGUUGCCCUUGAAAACAAUGAUGAAUAUGAUGAUUCAGAUGAGGAGGACGUAGAUAUUGAAGAAACCAUAGAAAGGUACAAGGAAUUGUAUCUUAACUUUGACAAGUGA